AUGUGCUCCAGAGUCAUCAUCACAUGGGGUUGCGGCUGCAUCGAGACUCGACCUGUGUAUGCGUGCAGCUCCCAUGGCUCUUGCGGAGGUGUCGUAGACAAGCCGCAAAGCCAAAGCGGCGCUUGCUUCAACUGCCAGCAGCAAGGACGAUCGUAG